AUGCUCAAAGAACUGAACGAAGCAGAGAGGAGGGUAGGACCGCGAAUAAACAGAAAGAAGACACAAUUCAUGAAGAACGCCUACAACGAGGAUGAAGGAAUACAACUUGAAGGCUCUCAAGUCGUGGAAACUUCGCCAUACAUACACCUGUCGUUCUAUGAAUAUGAAGAAAUUGAAAAAUUUGAAGAAAGAAGUGAACUGGGAGAUAAGAGCAGUGUGGGCAGCAUUUGCACCCGUCAGGGAAGCUACAAACCAACUGACGGACCAAGAUCUCCAUGCCCAUCUUUUUAA